UCAUUAUUAGCGUAGUUUGUUUAAGCACUUCGACAAUGGUGCAAGUGCGAGUCGGUGACGGUGUGUUGGAAGGAGAGGUUUUGGAUAAUGUGCUCGGAGGGCAGUACUAUAGUUUUAAGGGGGUCCCUUAUGCUGCGCCCCCAUUGGGAGACCUCAGAUUUAAGGCACCGCAACCGGUCAUUCCUUGGGAUGGAGUCCGCAGCGCUAAAGCCCACGGACCGAUCUGCCAUCAGUUCGACAUGUUCACUGGAAAACUCUGCACAGAACCAAGCAGCGAAGACUGUCUCUAUUUAAAUGUAUACUCGCCUGAUAUCCAGCCAAAAAAACCUUUGCCUGUAAUGUUUUGGAUCCAUGGCGGCGGAUUCUUAAGCGGCAGCGGAAACACAAGCUACUAUGGCCCCGAUUUCCUUGUCAACCAAAAUGUUGUCCUUGUAACUAUUAAUUACAGACUAGCUGUUGUAGGAUUCUUGUGCCUGCAUACAAAAGAAGUACCAGGAAAUGCUGGUAUGAAAGACCAAGUAGCUGCCCUCAGAUGGGUGAAAAAUAAUAUAAGAAAUUUUGGCGGGGAUCCUGAUAAUGUCACCAUUUUUGGAGAGAGCGCUGGGGCAGCGUCAGUCACCUACCACCUGGUGUCACCCAUGUCCAAAGGUCUGUUCAAGCGAGCUAUUGCUCAGAGCGGCAUUAACACGAAUCAUUGGGCUCGGGCGUUUGAGCCCCGAUUGAGAGCUGAGGCUAUAGCUCGUACACUCGGUAAAGACACCAAGGACGACAAAGAACUCUAUGAAUUUUUUAAAUCCCUACCUAUCGAAAAGUUAACAAAUCCCUAUGCACCUCUUACGGCCGAGGAAGAAACGGGUUUACGUGUUAAUAUAACAUUAACUGUAGCUGAUGAAAAGGAGUUUGAUGGACUUGAAAGAUUUUUCUACGGCGAUGUUUACGAACGGCUGCAUCAUGGUAUACACGAAGGAGUCGAACUCAUGAUGGGUUAUACAACUGACGAAGGCAUUAUUCAAUUUGCGUUUUCGCCGAAAGAGAAUUUGUUUGAAAAAUAUAACAAAUACCUGCAGUCCUUCGUACCCGUCGAAUUAUCGUUGAAAUGCUCAGCGAAAGAUCAACUGGCUAUCGGUCAAAAAGUGAAAGAGCAUUACUUCGGCGAUAAACCGGUCUCAAAAGACAAUGUCGACGUCCUAAUAAAAUACUUGUCAAUGAUGAUUGGCUAUAAUGCUAUUGAAUAUGCCAAAUUCUUCGUUCAGAUGGAUAAGAACAAGUUAUUUUUCUACCAAUUUGACAUGUACUCAGAAAGAAACAUUUGGACUGAAGGGUUUGGAGGAGGGCCAUAUAUCAAGGGAAAGAGUGUUUGCCACUGCGAUGAUUUGCCUUAUCUGUUCAGCACUGAGAAAGUAAAAGAAGCCUUAACUACUAAGAGUACUAAACUUAUUAAAAAUAUGACAAAAUUGUGGACUGACUUUGCUAAAUUCGGUGAUCCUACUCCGGACAGUAGCUUAGGGGUCAAAUGGCCCGCGUUUGACCCUAAGAAGGAGCAGUACCUGAUCAUCGGCAAUGACCUCGUCGUGGCGUCACACCCAAACAAAGAAGACUUCGAAUUCUGGGAGAAACUACAUCAACAAUAUGUGAAACAUUGAGAGAAAGUAUCUUCAUCAUUAUCAUCGUCAUCUUUGAAACUCAAGGCACCCUUGAAUUGGAUCUUGUCAUUUUUAGGUUUCCGUGCCUCAAAAGGAAAAAAACGGAACCCUUAUAGGAUCACUCGUGCGUCCGUCUGUCUGUCCGACCAUUCCCCCUCCCCUUUAUCUCUGAAACUACUUUGCCUAAAAUUUUGAUAGAAAUACACUAAAUAGUAUUUUACCUAUAGAUAACAGGAAAAUCUAUUAGAAAUGUGCAGUCAAGCGUGAGUCGGACUUAUGUACGGAACCCUUGGAACGCAAGUCCGACUCGCACUUGACCGGUUUUUUUUUAACAAGCAUUACUUAAUAAUUAUAACCAACUGUACUUCACAACACACAUCACACCAACAACAACAACAUCAACCGUCAUCUAAGUACCUACCUACGAUUAACUUAUGGAGUUGACAAAACAACGAUUGUCUAAAAUCAAAGAGAAUAGAUAGUAUAGAGGGGUCCUGUCAUAGUAAAAUUUGUAGUCACUGUAAAAUUACUGCCAUCUAUCGACACACGACUAAAACUCAAAAUAAAGACGUAUAAAAUUAUCAAAAAAAUGUGUAUAUACGGAUAAAUUAUUUUAUUAUUUUUAUAUCAUUUUGACCCAUGUUCAUUCUCUGAUAUCUAUGUGUUAAAAUGGUUAAAUAUGAAACGGUGUCGUCACGCCAUCUAGCCGAGCAUAGGCCAAAGGUGUGUGCGCCAUCUAUCCGAGAAUGUCUUUUUCUUAGACUUUAUUCAUCUUAUACGAAGUUAUAUAUGUCUUUGUCUAAAAUAGAACCGCGUAGGUAACGAACAAUAACCUUUUCACCUCAGCAGCUCGAACAAGGGUACUUUGCUUCUUAAAAACAGCGAGCAAAAUGCGAUUUUGCUCACUGAGUCAUUUUGUCUCACUCAGUGAGCAAAAUCGCAUUUUGCUCACUGAGUGAGACAAAAUGUCAUUCAAGUGACCUUUAUAGUCAAAUGUCAUUUUUAACAUGCGGGGUCUAAUACAAGUUCGAUAUAUGUACUUGGGUUCUAUUAUCUCUGUCCCUCUAGGUAUGUUAAUUCUCACUGCUUAGGGUGAAAAAUUUUGUGUACCACACGAGAUCAAAGUUAUUUACAUCUCGUGCGCUUCUGAAUCCCUUACUACGCUCAAAAUUCUAAAUUAGAUUCACUCGCUACGCUCGUGAAUCUAUUAUAGAAUCUUUCGCUUGCACGGGACUCAAAAUAAGCAAUCGAAGAAAUAUCAAACUUUGAUCUCUUGUUGUACAAAUAACUAUUGUCUCAUCUGUGUACAUAUUUUGUUGUCUUUAUGCGAUAACAUAUAAUCUUUUUACCACUGUA